GAAAAUGAACUCUUUGUUGCCCUUGGAAGUUGGUAGAUAUCCAUCUGCAAACAAAAGUAGAGGCCAGAGAACCUAAAAACGGAUUUUGUCUUGUAGGUCAUAAAUAUAUAUGAUAAUUUCGCUGCAAUUAUGCGAUCCAGUAACGUUGAAAGGUUGGCGACUCUGACUAGUGCAACUAUUUUUGUCUGUUGCGUACGAGGAAGUUUGGUUGCAUUGCACUUGUUUGAGAUCAGCUGUCAUUGCGUUUGAUGCAUAGUAUAAUUUCGCAAUAAAUUUUCUGUUUUUUACAACAGUGUUGUAGGCGGUGACAGGAAGGAAACUUUGCAAAGUUAGUGUUCCUGCACGAUUGUGAAUGUGAAGUUUCUUUCAACUGUAAAAUCGUGUAGGUAUUGUCGUUUCAGAAGUGUUUACAAAUAAGCUUCUCAUCCCAAUAAAAACUAUCUUGUGCGUGACUUUGGAGGAAACGAGUAGACCUCCUGAUGUUAGAUUUUUCUUUGUAAUUCGUGACCAGUAUGAGUCGUAGAAACAAUACUUGUAAUAUCAUUUGAUCAAGAACAGCUGUGGCAUUCAGACAGAAUACCCAUAGUAUUCGUCAAUUAGAUCUAAUGCCCAAGAAAUUUGUGGGAGAAAACAGUAAAGCUGCUGCUGCAAGAGCUCGCAAAACUGCAGCAAAGGAAGAAGAAAAUGCAAGGCGGCAACAACAGCUAGAGGAUGAAUUGUGGAAAGAUGACGAUAAACACAUUAUUAGGAAGCAGCAGAGGAAGGAAGAACAGCUACGGAAGAAACAAGCAGUUUUAGAAAAAAAGGCUGAAUCCAAAGCACUCCUUGAACAGGAGCUGAAAACCAUUCAGACUACAAAUAAGCAGCCAGCUGCCAAAAUAACUCAGGCACAGAUUCAGGCUGAGACAGAACGCAGACGUUUAGCUGCUCUGAAGAUUAAAGAACCAGAGACACACUUGCAAGUGCCUUUGGAGGAAAACAUAAAUAGAGUGGUUGUUGAAGGAGAUGAGGCACGGAACAUUGAUGAAGCCAUUGCUGUUCUCAGUGACAAAACUUCAGUAGUUGACAAACAUCCAGAGAAACGAUUAAAAGCUGCAUACACAGAAUUUGAAGAAGCUAACCUUCCCCGUAUAAAAAUGGAAAAUCCUACACUUAGACUGUCACAGCUUAAACAGAUAUUGCGAAAGGAGUGGAUGAAAUCACCACAGAAUCCCCUCAACCAGCGUCUGAUGUCAUAGUUAAUGUAUAAUUAUAGUUUUGUGGUUAACUGAUGUGUGGACUUGUUUUCAUUAUUGUGUAAAUGAGGCAUUAAAUCUCUGAGUGCAGUUUAA